ACACGUCGCUCGCGUGAUCAUCAGUGCUACAUACUGCGCCUGCGCACGAGCCGAGGCCUUUUCCCGCAGCCGAGUGUUGCUGGGCCUGCUGGUCUGUGGUGAGCCGCGGACGCCGGUCUCUGAUCCGCAGGAUGGGGUUUGUGAAGGUUGUCAAGAAUAAGGCUUACUUCAAGAGAUACCAAGUGAAAUUUAGAAGACGUCGAGAGGGUAAAACUGAUUAUUAUGCCAGGAAACGCUUGGUAAUUCAAGAUAAAAAUAAGUACAACACACCUAAAUACAGGAUGAUAGUUCGUGUAACCAACAGAGAUAUCAUCUGUCAGAUUGCUUAUGCCCGCAUAGAAGGAGAUAUGAUAGUUUGUGCAGCUUAUGCUCAUGAACUCCCAAAGUAUGGUGUGAAAGUUGGCCUGACAAAUUAUGCUGCAGCAUAUUGUACUGGCCUGCUGCUGGCCCGCAGGCUCCUUAAUAGGUUUGGCAUGGACAAGAUCUAUGAAGGCCAAGUGGAAGUGACUGGAGAUGAAUACAAUGUGGAAAGCAUUGAUGGUCAACCUGGUGCCUUCACCUGCUAUUUGGAUGCAGGGCUUGCCAGAACUACUACUGGAAAUAAAGUUUUUGGGGCCCUCAAGGGAGCAGUGGAUGGAGGCUUGUCUAUCCCUCACAGUACCAAACGAUUCCCUGGUUAUGAUUCAGAAAGCAAGGAAUUCAAUGCCGAAGUACAUCGAAAGCACAUCAUGGGUCAGAAUGUUGCAGAUUAUAUGCGUUACCUAAUGGAAGAAGACGAAGAUGCAUACAAGAAACAAUUCUCUCAAUAUAUAAAGAACAACGUAACUCCAGACAUGAUGGAGGAGAUGUAUAAGAAAGCUCAUGCUGCUAUACGAGAGAACCCAGUCUAUGAGAAGAAGCCUAAGAAAGAAGUUAAAAAGAAGAGGUGGAAUCGUCCCAAAAUGUCUCUUGCCCAAAAGAAAGAUCGGGUAGCUCAGAAGAAGGCAAGCUUCCUUCGAGCUCAAGAGCGGGCUGCUGAGAGCUAAUAAACCAAACCAUAAUUUUCUAUGAAGAUUUUUCAGAUAAAAAUAAUAAACUUAUUCAUCAAGCAGC